ACUUUUUAUUGUGAGUUGUCACAACAAAAAAUUGUCGCAAUUAAAAAAUUGUCGCAACGAAAAGUUGUCGCCAAGGUACAUCCGCACACGAGCCACGCGAUGGGGACAACUAUUGUUUAGUCUCAUCAUGGAUGCCGUGGAGGUAGCAGUAACCUGUGCACUCCUGCUCAGGAGGAGACGAAAGAAGAAGCCAAGAAAUCACUGGGUACACCCCAUAGUCAGUCAGCGAUUACUACGUGGAGCAUUCCACACAUUGUUUGAGGACCUAAAAGGGCACCCUGAUAAAUUUUUUAAUUACUUUAGGAUGUCACAGGAAACCUUUGGUCAUCUAAUCACAUUAACUGGGCCCCUUAUAGCACACAGGGACACCAACAUGAGGAAGUGUGUGCCAGUAGAGGAAAGGCUGGCUGUAACAUUAAGAUACCUAGCAACGGGGAACAGCUUCGUUUCGCUUCACUUUGAGUACCGGCUUGGUGAAUCAACAAUUCGUCAAAUUGUCUACGAAACAUGUGAAGCACUCUGGAAAAGCCUGCAGAACAUCUACAUGCCUGAGAAAAGUGGAAGUGACUGGCUCCAAGUCGCAAAGGAUUUCUAUGCUAACACACAAUUCCCAAACUGCAUUGGUGCUCUUGAUGGGAAACACGUCCGCAUCAAGAAUCCAGAUAAUUGUGGUUCUAGUUUAUAUAAUUACAAGCAGUUUUUCUCAAUUGUACUCAUGGCGUUAGUUGACAGUGGGUGUUCAUUUACAGCUAUUGAUGUUGGAGCUGCUGGAAAAUCCAGUGAUUCAAAUGUGUUUAAAAAAUCUGAUUUCUGUAAAAAAUUAGAUUCUGGGGAACUUAAGCUUCCAAACCCAUGCCCACUACCAAAUGACAACAGUAGAAUUUGCAUGCCAUACGUUAUUGUCAGUAAUGAGGCAUUUGCUUUGACUGAGAAUGUUCUACGGCCAUAUCCAAACAAAAAUCUGACAGGUCAACAACGUGUUUUCAACUAUCGUUUGUCACGAGCAAGGCGUUCAGUUGAAUGCACGUUUGGUAUCAUGGCAAAUACAUGGAGAAUUUUCCAUAGACCUCUGGAUGUUAAACCUGAGUUUUGUGAUGUCAUAGUUAAGGCAUGCUGCAUUUUACACAACUACGUAAAAAAACAUGAGGGUGUCAACUUUGAAGAAACACUGUAUGAAUGUCCAAUGAAUGACAUUGAUUGUGUUGGCACCAGAUGUAACAUGAGAGGAAAAACAGUACGAGAUCACUUUGCAUCAUACUUUACUAGUCCCCAAGGAGCAGUUUCAUGGCAGUAUAACAAAAUAUAAAAGGUCACCGCUAUAAAAGUGAACCACAUGAUAGAUAUUUUCCUUUCAAAUACAAUAUGUUUCUUACCUUUUUCUUUUUUAUCCUCAGGGGAGAGAAUAUUCCAAUCGCUCACCACAGCCUCACACACCUCACGCCACAACUUCUCUUUUAUAUUCUUAUCGCUGUAUUCCUUCAGCUGGAAAUCAUAAAGAGGUGGUCUCUUCUCUCAUAAGUGACCAAUAUUUUAUCUGUAUAUUGAAAAUAUACAGAUAGUGUGAGGCUUGGGGGCAAUGCCCCCAGGUAAAGACAUCAAAGGUCAUAUGGCAUAAGGAGAUUCAUGAUAAAGUAUUGUGGCAAAAGGGGCAAAAAUGAUUUAACAAUUAGGAUAAGCAGACAGAACAAGGGGAUGAAAAAGGGAAAAGGAUAGGAGGAGAAGAAAAGGCCAUGCAAAAUUAGUUGAGGCAAAGGGUGAGGACCAAGGUAGGAGUGAUCCCCUACAUUGGGCCACAGUGACAACAAUGAAGAAGGAAUUUGGAGGAAGCGAUUAAUAGUCAGGUUUCAUAAAGAAUUCAAACAAUGGAGCAGACAAUCAAGCUAGACAAUAUCAUGGUUUCAUUUACCACUCUUUCCAAGUUUGGUCUUUUUGGUUACUUAUAAAUUCAUUAAUCCACUGCUAUUUUUCUUACAUC